GCGCAUUAUCGUUCCAAACAUCCAAGGUGUCAAGAUAAUAUUAAUAGUAGGAGAAGGGUGACUCAAAAUCUGAUCAAACAAGCAUGGAUUAACAAGUUAGCUGAAGAUGAUAUUAUGAGAACUCUCAUUUUCUUAAUAUUAUGCCAUUUUCAUUCAUUCAUGAAAUAGCAAAAAAAGUAUGUUCAGACUAUUUUGAAGACGUUUAUGAUUACUGACUAAGUUCUAAUUCCAUCUUCAAGUAAUAUGGUUUUCUAAAGUAAUCUUGUAAACUUAAAUUGACUUACAAUCAUUACACCAACUUUCUUUAAAGUUAUAGAAUUUUGUUUUAGUGUUAUUGUAAAAGAACUAAUUAGAUAAUGGCAUCAGUCAAAAAAAUUUCUAUUACUUCUGGGAAAUCAAAGCAUUCAGUUGUUGCAUUGAGACAGAGCUUCCAGAUCAAGUCAGAACUUGAACAAUACAACUUUAAGGCAAGAAUUUGUUUAGGACUUGCAGAUGAAGACUAUGAAGAACAUAUUCCUGAGGAGUUGUAUCCUCGAAGGUUUGGCAUUAACUUAAACUUGGAUGCAUGCAUAUCUAGAAAUUUUGUGGACUACAUAAACACACGUCAGAUUGGAAAUCAGAAACUUCAGAAUUCAAGAGUUGCUAGAGAAUAUGGGACUCAACAUUUAGUGACACAUAACCUGAUGAUUGAAAAAUCCUUUCCUCUUGGAGAAUUAAAUAAAGUGUUUUGUUCACAGUGGUUAAAUGAUCAGCAAGUUGCUUUUGGUACAAAGUGUAACAAGUUUGUUGUUCAAGAUGUUGCAAGUGGUAGAAGAUUUCAAAUACCAAGUCUAAAGAGUAGUGCUCACAGCAAACCUCCAGAAAACCCUUGUGGGAUUCAUGCCAUGGAGAUCAACCCAUCACAAACAAUGCUGGUGACAGGAGCUAAGAAUUCUAAUGAUGUUGCAGUGUACAGACUCCCAACACUAGACCCAAUGUGUGUUGGUGAGGGAGCACAUUAUGAUUGGAUAUUUGAUAUCAAGUGGCUGGAUGACCAAUUUUUUGUGUCAGGGUCAAGAGAUACCAAACUGGCAUUAUGGAGAGUGAAGGACAAUGAAAUUUAUCAAAAUAAUGAAGAAAAUCUCCCUAAGUAUUACAUGAUGCAUCCUUUGACUAUAAAAACAUGUAAAAGUGCAGACAAAGUUAGAGCUCUUCUUUUUAAUGAUCAUUGCCAUGAACUGGUUGCCUUAUCUUUGAAUGGCUACCUUCAUUUGUGGGAUGUUGGCACUUUCAGACAGAAAACUUCCAGAAAGCUAGGUUUCUGUCAAGAGAAUGUUUGUUUAGCUCAACAACAAGAAAGAGGUAUCUACGUUGUUGGUUCUCGGGCUCAUACUUUAAUAUUUGACAAUCGGACUUUGCGUCUUAUAAAAAGCAUCCCAUCCAGUCAGGAACGAGUCAGCAUUCGCUCUCUCAGCUUUCGUGGGGACCUUCUCACAAUAGGGACAGGUAUUGGAGAGAUUCAUUUUUAUGACUUUCGAGCAUCUGACUACCUGAAGCAGAUGGAUUCCAAUCGUCAAGCAUUUCUCAGUGCUUCAAAAAGCUGGGUGUACCCAGAUGAACUGAUAUUCCAAGAAUAUCUAAUGAAUUGGGAGCAUAACACUGCCAUCUACACCCACUGUUAUGAUACGUCUGGAACUCGGCUUUUUGCAGCUGGUGGCCCUCUACCAGCUAGUCUUCAAGGUAGCUAUGCAGGAAUUUGGCAGUGAUAGAUGCUGUUAAGUGACAACAGGCAGUGCUUGACUAGUGUAAUUUGUUAUUCUAUUUCAAGGUUUAAAUACUUUACAAAAUUCUCAUAAUUUUGUUCAUUGUAUAGAAUGUAUCAAUCAUUUGUUUGGUAACUUUUUUCUACAUUGGUCACACUUAAAAUGUUUUGUUCAUUUUGCUUUUUUUCAUGUGUUUUUUUUUCAAGAAACUGUCACGAAACCAGUAAUUGAGUUGUUAGUCAUUGUUGUGCAACAAAGUGCAUCUACACUGCAUUAUUUAAAUUUAACUGUCUUUUAAUACUAGUGCAAGUAAUUGUAUUGCCUCAUGUUUAUAGGUGAAAUCUCAGGUUAUGAUAGUGAAUUUUUAUUUUGAUAGGCAUUUUUGGGUCCAGUGAUAUUACAGUGUAAGAUUAGGAUAAAUCAAAGUGGGAAAAUUUGCUAUGUAAUGUAUGCAUAUAUAAUUAUGCAUGAUUUUCAACGAAUUUCACUGUAAAUAGUUGUGGUUGUGCAGAAAAAUAAAUUGUUAUAUAAUGUUUUAAUUACAGAUGUGCAAAACACUCAAUUAUUAGUGAGGUGUCACAGGAAAUUAUGCUUGAAGGGUGAUACUGUAACCUUUCUAUGUAUUAGGUGAUUAUCUCUUAUCUGUAUUAAAUCAUUAGUAGUAGUUUAAUUUUUCAUUGUUAAAAAAAUGUAGAAAUAAAACAAAGUUAGUUGAAUUUGAAUCGUGUUUGCAGAAUAAUGUUUUUGUUGUAUUUAAACGAAAAUUAUUAUUACAUAAAGCUUUGUUAAGCAACAAUUUCUGGUCAAAUAUAAAAUUGAUAAUCAUACAAUUAAUAAAAUAAUUUUUAGGGAAUGGCAAGAGCACUAGUAAAAUUUUUCAAAUAUCAACUGUUACAGGCACUUUAAUGAUUAUAAAAAAAUUUUAAAUCAGUGUUCAAUAGAGGUAACACGUUUUAAUAAAAGAUCAUUUUCUUGAUGUUGUACACAUUGAGUUUCAACUGAGACUAGACUUUUAACAAAACAUUGUGUAUAUGAAAUAUUGAUAAACUGAUAUUGUGACUUACAUUUUUCAUAAUACACUAUAAGCAUUUGAUUGCUUUAGAAACUCAUCAUUUGUCUUUGAAAUACACAGCAAUAUUUUAAUGUCAAAACUGUUUUGAAAAUAAUACAUAAAUAAUUAAUUUUUCAAUGUAUCAUUCUUUUUUAAAAAAAACUUAAUUCCAUCAAAAUAAUUUUGCUAUCAGAAAAAGAAUGGUUUUGUAGUUUUCAAUAUAGGUUCUUUUCAUUGAAGGACUAAUACUUUGAUCCUGCACAAAGUUUUUGUGAUAUGUGUUGUGUUGCUGGAAUUCAUUGCUAACAUUACCAUCAUUUUAUUGCACAUUUUAAAGUGUGACUUUAUCAUCUACUUGUACAUACAAGAAAUGAUAAUGUUAGUUUAAUUUUGUGUAUGAAAAAUUAAUAUAUUUAUGAAUUUUAGUGAAUUUUUUUUUUCACAAUAUGUUUUUACUUGAGACUUCUAUACAUUUAAAACAGUUUUAAGUUAGUUAUAAACAUUGCAGAAAGCAUAUGGUAAUAUAUGAAAGACCAGUAAAACACAUGUUAUGAUGUAUUUCUUAAAAAGGGUUAGUGAAAAAUUGCACACA